AUGGAGCCGAAGUCGCAUGAGAUACCAGGCCCGUCUGCGCCGUCCGGGCUUCAUUCGCUUGGACGACGCGGAUCACGAGCAUCUAUGGCCACAACUCAGACCGAACGAGAAAACAAGAAUGCAGCUCUUGACCAGAUCCACACCGCGGCGUACCAAUCCGACUCGUUGACGCUUUUCAAUGAAUUUACUACACCACCUGCACCAGCAUCAGCAAUAGAUGAGAAGGGGCUUUCGGAAGAGCUACAAGGAGGACUAAGUGGGUUAUAUAGCCGUUUCAGAACCUCGGUUGGGGGAAUCGUGAGCGGUGGAACAAGAUCUACGGACAGAAGUGCGACAGCAACGCCUGCGAUCAAGAGCCCGACUUCAGAGCGCUCGAUGAACAAGUCGAUAUCUGAUCUAGCUGCUAGUUCGGGCGAUCAUCAACCGUCGCAUCCCAACUCAUCUCAAGGCUCAAGGCUUCAUUCCCCGGUGGCAACACACUUUCAGAUCAACCAGGAAGCUGCACCACAACUGAACGCUGGGAAAGGCUCAAAGAUUUCCUCCAAAAGCGCUAGUGUAUCUUCCAAGGCCUCCAUCUCUCCUUCCCCGGGAAUCAAAGGCAACAUUGGUCCACUCACUAAAUCCACUGGCAAUUCGAUCGCGUCAGAUCCUUCCAUCACCCAAACUCAUAUGAAUGUCCUCGGUCAAAACCGACCGUCUAGAAGUAGCUCCGUCAAUGCUCCUCAGCAGGGAUUCAAAAAUGCAGAAUCUGCUAGCGUUGGCAGUGGGGAUGGGCCCAUAGAGCCGCCUUUGAGUCAAAGCUCCUCUAUGCUAAGCCAGAACCUCUCGCACUCACCAGAACUGUCUAUCAAGACACAUGGGAGCACUCAAGAAGAGCAAAAUGGCUUAGAAAGAAGUGGACCCCUUACGCCGACCAACAAAGCCUCGGAUGUUCCGCACAGAAAGUCGGUGUCUGGAGAUCAACCGAGACUAGCAGAAAAUAACUCUCAGACGAUUGCUUCACGAAGUUUAAAGCAUGCUGAGUCGAUUCCAGAAAAUGUGUCUCAGGCUCAAGAAAGCAGGUCGAACUCGCGCAUGUCUUUUGUCUACGACGACUCGAAGACUCCCUUGGCAUCAAACUUUCAUACCAAAGUUGCUGCUCCGGAUAGUAGCUCAGGAUCAGAUAGCAUCACUUCCAUACCUAAUGAGGGCACCGAAGGAACUGAGCUGCCAAAAGCUCCUUCUGCUACAAGCCCUAGUGAAAAGUCGAAGCCACUUCCGCCAAGUAAUCGAUUGCCUGGAUAUGGGAUUUCGCGGGCAUCUACUGCGGAGACAACCACCACAGUUGCGUCUUUGCCACCUUUGAAUACCAAAGUUGGGCGGGCCACAGGUCAAGCCCCUCGUGAUCGUCGUGAAGCAUGGCACCGAGACGGAAUGCUAUCACAGCUGGGAAGCAAAUUACUUAGCAAAGAUUUCUGGAUGCGUGAUGAAAAUGCUAAGGAUUGUUUUCAUUGUGGGGAACCGUUCACGACUUUCCGCAGAAAGCACCACUGCCGUACCUGUGGCCAAAUCUUUGAUUCGAAAUGCACACUCAUCAUACCCGGAACCCGAUUCGGACAACCCGGUUCUAUACGGGUUUGCAAGCCCUGUGAGGCAAUGAUCAAUGCGCAUGAUGAUGACUCAUCUGAGCUCUCUGACAGCGAACAAAGUCCCAUUAUGAUGAAUCCCCGGGUCUCGGAGCUAAGUUGGGGCGGCAACAGUGCUCGCCCAUUUGCAGACGAUGAUGACUCUUCGUCGGUGAUAUCUCAAUCCAUUGACCAUGUUCUCAGAACUCCAACUAUGGCCAUUCCAGCGACACGACGAGCAGGUGAGGGCCGCUCAGCUGUUCUGGAAAUCAAUUCUGACCGUCCUUUGGUAAGACCUACCUCGUCUCGAUCUCUCAGGUCUUCACUGGGUGGAAGGCCUCAUUCAAUGGGUCACAAACGCCAUCACUCGCGCCAGCAGUAUAUUCGGAGUUUCAAGCCAUAUCACGAUGACCGUGCCCCCUUUCAACGUCGUCACGCAGAUGACUUCAGCACAGAGUCUCGUCUGCCUGCCUUUCAUAAAGACAACAUUAUUGACCCGGAUUUGGCUCAAUAUCUUUCAGAUGAUGCGUCAAGUGGUGAUGAGCAACCAAGUCUGCUGGCAGCCGUUUCAGAAAGCCAAUUCUCAAAGAGUGGCGGUGACAGUGAACGAGUCCCUUUCGGUGGUUUGCUUGCAGCCAUGAAGAAGGGAAGAUCUGCAUUUGGCGAUCGAAACGUUCCUAGUAUCAAUCAGCCUGGCCGAGAUGCAGAUGAGGUCAGCCUAAGCAGUUCGAGAGCAGUGAACUUGCCGCGCUCCUCUCGUCGUCGAAACUUGAGUGUCGCAAGCAGUGUUCAUCGUCAAUCUCCUAGAACUUCCAGAGACACUUUUCUUCAUGAUCUUCCUGUCGGAGGUACGCUUCCUGUUGCCUCGAGCCAGACUGGAUUUAAGCAAACCAGAAGCUCGUCAAUGAGAGGAGUGGAAGCGCCACCAGUUGAGCUCAAUAAGGCUAGCUUGGAACACGUACGCAGGCUUUUACGGCAGCUACUGGAUAUGUCUUCGGUACCAAAUGUUGACAGUUGGGAGAAUGCUUUGAUGCCAAUUCUUUUGAAAGCAGCCGAUGAGGUGGACCCCGAUGUUCAGCAUGGAGACGACAUGGAUAUUCGCCACUAUGUCAAAUUGAAGAAGAUUCCAGGUGGCCGGCCUGGGGAUACAUCCUAUGUCUCGGGUUUAGUGUUCAGCAAGAACCUGGCGCUGAAGAGCAUGCCCAGGACCAUUUUACGUCCGAACAUCUUGAUCAUAACAUUUCCUCUUGAAUAUGCGCGUCAACAACAUCACUUUAUGAGCCUUGAGCCCGUUAUUCGACAGGAACGUGAAUUCCUUGAAAACCUUGUUAGCCGAAUUGCAGCCUUACGCCCGAACCUUCUACUGGUUGAGAAUAAUGUCUCGGGGUUAGCGCUCGGUCUUCUUGAACAGGCCGGAAUUGCAGUUGCAUACAACGUGAAAGCAUCUGUUCUUGAGGCUGUAUCACGUUGUACUCAAACAAGAAUUGUGACGUCCAUGGACAGGCUUUUGACUACCGCCUUGCGUAGCGACUGUAUCAGCUUCGAUGUGAAAACUUAUGUCCAUUCCGGCCGUAAGAAGACAUACAUGUACAUCUCCGGCUGUCCAAAGGAACUUGGGUGCACAAUCGUUUUACGGGGUGGGGACGAAGAAGUCUUGAGGAAAGUGAAAGAGAUUACAGAGUUUAUGGUCUAUGUUGUGUACAAUCUGCGACUUGAGACUUGUGUGAUGAGAGAUGAAUUUGCAAAGCUUCCGACGUCAUUUAUCGAUGAUGUGAAGCAAGUGACAAACGAGCCGGCGGAUCCAGGCCACUGCCAUGUUGUCGAGUCGCAGGGCAACUUGCCUGUUACAGAAACGCUUUCACCGACUACCGUGGUCGAAAAGUCUACCGAGGAUUUGGGAAGUAAAGUGCCAGCGACCACCGAUGCUACUGCCGACGUCCCGGAUGAUGUUCCGAUGCCGACAUACUUCGACGAUAUGGUUCAUGAUCACAAAACAAAGAUUUUGUCAGCAUCGCCUUUUGUCAAAUUUGAACCCCCUUAUCUGCUCAUGCGCACCAGAGAAAUGGAGCGACGACUAGCCUACUUGAAGCAGCUUCGUGAUCAAGAUGGAAGUUCAGGACAAGGUGUUGAAGAGAUGCCUGCGAAGCCGCAGAAGUUUAUCCUUAUCACUCCUGAGAUGGUACACGAAUCUCCUCGCAAUGCUCCUCCGCAGGUCAAAGAGGUACUACGUGCAGCUCAUGAUGCGGAAUACGACAGAGUCCUCUACCAUUAUCAGACGCAAAAACGUCAAUGGGAGGCAUAUGUGUCGGGAUGCUCCAACAUGUUUGAUCCGUACGCUCAUCAGAACAUCGUUGUUCUCUAUAGUCUUGUGUGCACCACAACUUCGAUUCCUUGUUCCGGGCCUGACACCUUUGCUUUGGAAUUUUACAACGAGCAUGGGGACGAAGCAAUAUUCGAACCCGACUGCACUAUUGGCCAAUACGUCGAAGAAUUAUGUCAUACAGCGAAUGCCGUCUGCGUAGCUAAUGGAUGUGAGAAACGCAUGUUUGAGCAUCAUCGCCAAUACGUCCACGGUGACGCACAGAUCAGCGUUCUUGUUCAGCCCUAUCCAUCCAAACUCCGGGGUAUGCAAGACACAGUGCUCAUGUGGAGUUGCUGCAAAAUAUGUGGACAUGAGACUCAAGUCACACCGAUGUCAGAGAAUACAUGGAAAUAUUCAUUUGGCAAAUACUUGGAAGUAUCCUUUUGGGGAAGGAAUUUACAUGCCCGGGCUGGAGUAUGCCCUCACGAUCUGCAGCGAGAUCAUCUGCGCUAUUUUGGAUUCAAAGACCUUGCGCUCCGUAUUCAGUACGAUACUAUUCAUCUACUGGAGGUCAUUGUCCCUCGGCCGCGAGUAACCUGGAAAGUGGACAAUGAUUUGAAGCUUAGGAACGAAGUCUAUCUGCGGACCGAGAGACGUUUGAGCAGAUUCAUGAUGUCCGUUCAUGCACGUUUGAAGGGCAUCAAUGUCCAAAGUGUGGUUCCAGAGUUACUCGACGAGUGUAAGAAAGAAAUUGAUCGUCUAGUCAAGAAAGCAAACGAGCACCAAGCUGCUCUGAUUCGGCUACUACAAGACAAAUACAGUGGUUCUCGUUACUGGGAAAUCAUACCACUGAAUGAAGUCCUUCGGUCGGUGCAAGAGAAAGUGGUUGAAUGGGACACCACCUUUGCUGAGUUUGAGCAGAGCUUCUUCCCAUCAGAGAAGGAUAUUAAGCGGCUUGCGACCCUGCAGCUGAAGAAAAUAUUCCUUGAUAAAGACGCCACGUCCGUGGCCCCAGAUGAUUCCUCGCACACUCCAACUGAUUUGGGAGACGAGAACACCCAAGAAAAUGAAAAGCCAAGGAUGUUGCGUCGUAUGACGCUCUCUCCAGAGAAGGCUCAAAAUGUCCUGGUCUCCGUAGUGGAAGAGCAUGCGGGCAAGAAACACCGGGAGGAAGUAACGGAGAACAUUGAAUUGCCUCCCUUACCUUCGGCACCUGCCGACGAAGCUGCAUUAUUGGGUGCAGAUGCUGUCAAUAGCAACAGAUCCUCUCCCCAAGAUGAAGCUGUUUCGAAAGAGGAAGUUCGACAUCUCGACCUAGCCGUGCCUUCUGACCAAUCUAGUCGAUCACCCCCUGAUCCGAACACGCCGCCUCUUGGUCGUUCUUUGACCAGCCCUGAUACGGUAGAAAUCCUCCAUGAAGCCAACGGUGAUGAAGGUCCACUGAAUGAUGCUUCACCGCCAUCGCUGUCGCCAAAAUCAACACGGCCCUCUCAUGAAAUCAAUAAAUCCAAGGACGGCUGUGUGCCUUCUUCACCAAGCACCCCACCCAAUAGGCCAUCGGCCAUUCCAAGGCUGACUGAAGGCGCUUUCAGGCGAGCUGGAAAAGCACGCUCUCCCCCAUUGAUGCGUGCUCAGUCUCAGCCCGCGCACCUUCUCAGAGACAAGUCCAUUGGUAGUUCUUCAUUGGGGGGAAUGAAGACAAGUUCAUCCAAUAACUCGGUUGACAUUCGAAGCGACUCCACCAAAACAGCGGAGAAAAAGUUCACAGAACGCCUCGGCCUUACAGCUCUCAAAAAUGGUCGUUUUACUGCGGGGCACUCUCUGAUACCGCGAUCUACGCCAAAAGGGCGGAACCACUCUCGCGUUUCCAGCCUCGCUAGGCACUUUGAACAACUGAGUCGUGAGUUUGAAAAAGAGAGACAGAAGGAAAGGCGACAACGAGCUGCUCAGAGCACGCAAUCACGUGCAUUCCCACUGGCGUCCUCAAAACCUAUCGUGGAGGUUUAUAGAAAUGUCCGAGAGGCCGUAGAGGAACGUGAACCCCCGGUCGAUGGAGAAGAUUCUCUACCAUCGGUACCGCAGCUUCCAAUGGAGGAUUCAAGUCGCAUGAGUGAGGGUUUUGCUGAUCAAAUCGCCCCCGAAGAGCCUUCCUCGAAAGCCGAUACCCAAGAAACGCCUCCUGAUUCUUUCGAAUCUGGGGGUAUAUUCCGAUCUGACUCUCAAAUCAUGUCUGAGACCGAGUUAGAGGAGAGCCCCAGCGAUGAAGAGCGAGCCACAGCCGAAGAUCUUCAUCCUGUUGAUUCACAAGAAGAUACAAAAAUGGUCCCUGAAGAUGAUUCGAUGGAUUUCAAAGAUCUGGCCAAACACGAACGGACAACCCUUUUGAAGAUGUUGACCAAUUUCUGGUCCGAGCGCUCUGCCAGCGGAUGGGCUGCUCUUGAUUACCCUCUUAGUGUUAUGGACCAUGUUUUUGCCGACUGCGAUAUCAUUGUACGCGAGGAUGAGCCGAGCUCCCUCGUUGCAUUUGCACUGGACUCAUCUGACUACAAAGAGAAAUUGGCUAGCAUUCAGAAACGGUAUGAGAUUGAGGAGCAUGUCUCAAACCCCGAGAAUGACCCCGAAGUCGCCAACGAGGCGCGAGUUGAGCACGCCCUUUUGCGGCCAACCGGUACCCAUUUGAAAUACCAAUUCCAAGAGGGCCAAGCCAAAAUGCUUUGCAAGGUGUUUUAUGCGGAGCAAUUUGAUGCGCUUCGCAAAAAAUGUGGCGUUGCUGAUCGCAUUGUAGAAUCACUGUCUCGAUGUGCGAAGUGGGACUCCAAAGGUGGCAAAACUAAGUCAUUGUUCCUGAAAACGCUCGAUGACCGUUUCAUUCUCAAGUCUCUCUCUCCCGUGGAGACCCAGGCCUUUCUCAAGUUCGCCCCGGCCUAUUUUCAAAUCAUGUCUGAGGCCUUGUUUCACGAGUUACCCUCGGCCAUUGCCAAAAUGUUUGGCUUCUAUCAGGUUAUCAUCAAGAACCCUGUCACUGGAAUAGAGUUCAAUUGGUUCUUGCUAUUGAUGGAGAACUUGUUUUACGAUCGAAAGCCAAACCGUAUCUUCGACCUCAAGGGUUCCAUGCGCAAUCGGAAGGUUGAGAGCACCGGAGAACGGGACGAGGUGCUCCUAGAUGAGAACAUGGUGGAUUUCAUCUACGAGACGCCUUUAUUCUCGCGUGAGCACUCUAAAAAGUUACUUUCCCAGAGCGUGUGGAACGACACCCUUUUCCUCGGCCGCCAGGAUGUUAUGGACUAUUCGCUUAUGAUUGCCAUUGAUGACAAGCGCAGUGAAUUAGUUGUGGGCAUCAUCGACUGCAUUCGUACGUACACCUGGGACAAGAAACUUGAGUCGUGGAUCAAAGAUCGUGGCUUUGCUGGUGGGGGUCGCAAUCGUCCGACUGUAACCAGCCCCCGAGAGUAUAAAAGUCGGUUCCGAGAGGCGAUGGCUCGAUACGUCCUCCAAGCUCCGAGUUGUUGGCAUCAAUUACAACCCAGUGCAAUGUACCGAUACCCUCAGGGCGAGGUGUCCAAUGUCACCGAGUUGGACAUGGAUGAGAAUGCUGAAAACAGCACCUAG